GUUUGCCGCAUGUGCUGAUUCCGAAGUUCGUUAAAAAAAAUUAAAAAAAAUUGGUAAAAAAGAAACACGUGUUGCACUGUUAUUUACAAACGCUACGUGUUUCCAGGGAACGAUUUAAAAGGCGGACACGUGACACUGCUUCGUUGACAAGCCUCUCUCCCCCUUGGUUACAUGAGUAGAGGUUUCGCAUGUCGCUUCUUUAUUUAAACACUCGCUCACGUCCGUUCACGUAGUCUCUGACUGUUAUUGAGAUAAUGAAAUUACUUUUCCUUGCUUGCCUGGAACCCAAAACCGGGAACCACACCACAGCUGAGCGAAUCAGGUCCCACAUUGAAUCAGCAGGACACACUUGUGAGCUCCAUCAUGCAGAGGAAUUUCAGUCAUCUUCUGACUUAGCAAACCUGCUGUCACAAAAUAUUCAAUUUGAUGGCGCGCUCGCCAUUCAUCUCUUCAAAGCCGGCAGACUUCUCCUAGACAUCCAAGUACCUUUUGGCAUUGUCUUUGGCGGAACAGACGUCAAUGAAGAUGUGAAAGUUGAGAAGAGGCGUGCAGUUAUGGAAAACGUUCUACUUAAAGCAAGGUUUGCAGUUGCAUUUACGGAGAAAAUGAAGCAAGAAGCCAUGUUAUAUUUGCAUUCCCAGAGCAGCAAAACCUAUGUCCAGCCUCAAGGUAUUGAGACAGACAUUUCAGAGGAUUUCGACUGGACUGAAUUCUUGCAGAGUGCAGGUAUACGUGGUGAGCAUGUGGAACGGCUCCAUGUUUUCCUGUUGAUCUGUGGCCUCAGAAGAGUCAAGGACCCUCUGUAUUUAGUGGAGAGUUUUUCAGAGUGGCACAGUGAGAAUCCCCAAAAUGUUCUCGUUAUAAUUGGUCCAAAGAUUGAUCCUGUCCUGACUGAUGCAGUCGAAGCUGUUGUUAGGAGAACAGCAGGGGUCUUCUUGGCCCAGGAGAGGAGGCAACCGGAGCUUCACGCUGCCAUGAAAAGGUGCUUUGCUUUGGUCAACAGUUCCAUCUCAGAGGGCAUGUCCGCAGCUAUCUUGGAGGCCAUGGAUCUGGGGCUACCUGUCUUGGCCAGGAACAUUCCGGGAAAUACUGCUAUAGUGCAAAAUGAGGUCACUGGACUGGUGUACUCUUCCCCUCAGGAGUUUGUGCAUCAGUCUCAGAGGCUGUUGUCAGAUCAUCAGCUGAGGGCGAGAGUGAUAAGGAAUGGAAAAGUAUACGUGGUGAAGCAUCACAGUGUGAAACAGGAGAGAGAAACCUACCAGAGGCUGGUGAACAUGCUGCACUAACUCCUUUUUUUACUUUCCUCAUGUCCACACAAACAAGGGUAUCUUUUUCUAUAUGUUUACAUAUCAUUAUUUUUUUUUUUGGUGUCACCUUUGUUACUAUGGUUUCUUUUGUGAUCACGCCUUCAUCGGAAGUCACCUUUUAUGCUUUUGUUCGGUCUGUUUUGGUCUGUGGUCACGGCACCACUUGUUACUUUGGCUUUACAGCUUGAAAAUCAUGUGGACAAAAACCUGUAUAUACACUAUAUUGCCAAAAGUAUUUGGCCACCCAUCUCAAUGAUCAGAAUCAGGUGUCCUAAUCACUCGGCUCGGCCACAGGUGCAUAUAACCAAGCACUCAGGCAUAGAGACUGUUUCUACAAACAUUUGUGAAAGAAUGGCCUGCUCUCAGUGAUUUCCAGCGUGGAACUGUCAUAGGAUGCCACCUGUGCAACAAAUCCAGUCGUGAAAUGUCCUCGCUCCUAAAUAUUCCAAAGUCAACUGUUGACUUCAUUAUAAGAAAAGGGAAGAGUUUGGGAACAACAGCAACUAAGCCACGAAGUGGUAGGCCACGUAAACUGACAGAGUGGGGUCAGCGGAUGCUGAAGCGCAUAGUGCAAAGACUUUUUGCAGUCAGUUGCUGCAGAGCUCCAAACUUCAUGUGACCUUCCAAUUAGCCCACGUACAGUAUGCAGAGAGCUUCAUGGAAUGGGUUUCCAUGGCCGAGCAGCUGCAUCCAAGCCAUACAUCACCAAGUCCAAUGCGUGGAAUGCAGAGGUGUAAUGCACGUCGCCACUGGACGCCUUCUCUGGAGUGAUGAAGCACACUUUUCCUUCUGGAAAUCUCAUGGACGAGUCUGGGCUUGAAGGUUGUCAGCAGAACGGUACAUUUCGGACUGCAUUGUGCCGAGUAUGAAAUUUGGUGGAGGAGGAAUUAUGGUACGGGGUUGUUUUUCAGGAGUUGGGCUUGGCCCCUUAGUUCCAGUGAAAGGAACUUUAAAUGCUCCAGGAAACAGUUUGGAGCAGGCCCCUUCCUCUUCCAACAUGACUGUGCACCAGUGCACAAAGCAAGAUUGAUAAAGACAUGGAUGACAGAGUCUGGUGUGGAUGAACUUGACUGGCCUGCACAGAGUCCUGACCUGAACACCUUUGGGAUGAAUUAGAACAGAGACUGAGAUCCAGGCCUUCUCGACCAACAUCAGUGUGUGACCUCACCAAUGCGCUUUUGGAAGAAUGGUGGAAAAUUCCUAUAAACACACUCUGCAACCUUGUGGACAGCCUUCCCAGAAGAGUUGAAGCUGUAAUAGCUGCAAAAGGUGGACCGACAUCAUAUUGAACCCUAUGGGUUUAGAAUGGGAUGGCACUUCAAGGUAAAAUGUGAGUCAAGGCAGGUGGCCAAAUAUUUUUGACAAUAUAGUGUAUUUUAAACCCAAUAAUUUGUAUUUUUAAUAAAAACAUUUUUCAUGGCUGAGUAUAGUCUAUGCAUAAACCUCAGUAUCAGUAUGACACCGGUAAAUAUAGUAUUUUUCAUACAACACACUGUCUUGUAUUUUACAAUACCAUACUGUAAACAUGUAAUAUUAUUUAUCGGUGCUUUGUUCUAAAGCAGGGGUCACCAACGCGGUGCCCGCGGGCACCAGGUAGCCCCUAAGGACCAGAUGAGUCGCUCGCUGGCCUGUUCUAAAAAUAGCUCAGAUAGCAGCACUUACCAGUGAGCUGCCUUUAUUUUUUAAAUUUUAUUUAUUUACUAGCAAGCUGGUGUUGCUUUGCUCGACAUUUUUAAUUCUAAGAGAGACAAAACUCAAAUAGAAUUUGAAAAUCCAAGAAAAUAUUUUAAAGACUUGGUCUUCACUUGUUUGAAUAAAUUAUUUUAUUUUUUUGCUUCUUAUAACUUUCAGAAAGACAAUUUUAGAGAAAAAAUGCAACCUUAAAAAUGAUUUUAGGAUUUUUAAACACAUAUACCUUUUUACCUUUUAAAUUCCUUCCUCUUCUUUCCUGACAAUUGAAAUCAAUGUUCAAGUUUUUUUUUUUGUAAAGAAUAAUCAAUACAUUUUAAUUUAAUUCUUCAUUUUAGCUUCUGUUUUUUCGACGAAGAAUAUUUGUGAAAUAUUUCUUCAACUAAUUAUGGUUAAAAUUCAAAAAAACAUAUUUUGACAAAUCUAGAAAAUCUGUAGAAUCAAAUUUAAAUCUUAUUUCAAAGUCUUUUGAAUUUCUCUUAAAAAAAAAAAUUCGAGAAAAUCUAGAAAAAAUAAUCAUUUGUCUUUGUUAGAAAUAUAGCUUGGUCCAAUUUGGUAUAUAUUCUAACAAAGUGCAGAUUGGAUUUUAACCUAUUUAAAACAUGUCAUCAAAAUUCUAAAAUUAAUCUUAUUCAGGAAAAUUUACUAAUGAUGUUCCAUAAAUUCUUUUUUAAAUUUUUUCAAACAGAUUCAAAUUAGCUAGAUUUUCUCUUCAUUUUUUGGGAAUUUUAAAGAGUCAAAAUUGAAGAUAAACUAUGUUUCAAAAUUACAUUUUCAUUGUUUUCAUGUUUUCUCUUUUAAACCGUUCAAUUAAGUGUUUUUUUCAUCAUUUAUUCUCUACAAAAAACCUUCCUUAAAAGGAAAACAAAUGUAUGACGGAAUGACAGACAGAAAUACCAAUUUUUUUUAUAUAUACAGAUUUAUUUAUUAAAGGUAUAUUGAGCAAAUUGUGUAUCAAACUGGUAGCCCUUCGCAUUAAUCAGUACCCAAGAAGUAGCUUCAAAAAGGUUGGUGACCCCUGUUCUUAAGAGAUCGCUGUAAUGCAAUGGGAACAUAAACAUGAUUUUUUUUCCUCCAGUAAUAUGUUAUGCAUUUGGAAGUGAACUAUUUAUUUCAGAUGGAAUGUAUUUAUCAGAGUUUGUUGUCCCUUGUUUCCGCUCUGUGUAUCUUAUGUUUAUUGAUGACGUGCAAGGGAAGAGGUCUGCAUGCUUUAAAAAAAAAAAAGAAUCCAGUUUAAAAGGUCACAAUGAUUCUGUCUCCCAAUGCACGCGUGCAAUACAGUGUCUGCUUAGAAACCCGUCUGUAUAGCAAAUGUAUAAAUAUGUACACAGGGUAUGUAUGUUUCAAAACAAAAUUGUCAAAAUGGAGAGUUGUGGUGAGCAGUUAACAUACACUCAUGUAGUGGUGGCCAACGUUCCCUCCAAUUACACACUGCUCACAGUAAAUCUAGGCCGCGCACAAACUCGAAUAAAAAGAUUAGCGCAUAACAGUGUGCACGUCUGCCGUCGCUCACAUGUGCGCCACUGAAUGCUCAAGGAGUUUUGGCGUUUGCUCACACAUACGAAAAAUUGGAGGGAAAAUUGAACUGGUGGCUUGCAGAGAGUGAUACUGUGUUCCUUGACGCCUAGCUGUGUGUGCCUCUUUAAGAAAAAAAACAUGUGAAAGAAAGUUAAAGUACCAAUGAUUGUCACACACACACUAGGUGUGGCGAAAUUAUUCUCUGCAUUUGACCCAUAGUCCUUAAUCACCCCCUGGGAGGUGAGGGGAGCAGUGGGCAGCAGCUGUGGCCGCGCCCGUGAGUGAUUUUUGGUGAUACAACCCCAAAUUCCAACCCUUAAGGCUGAGUGCCAAGCAGGGAGGAAAUGGGUCCCAUUUUUAUAGUCUUUGGUAUGACUCGGCCGGGGUUUGAACUCACAACCUACCGAUCUCAGGGCGGACACUAACCACUAGGCCACUGAGUAGGUAAGAAGUCGGCGGAGUGGCGUUCCUUGUUCGAUGUUAUAAUCGAUGUAAACGAAACUAAGAAAAGGGAAAAAUUCCGAAUCGUGGAAUCAUUUUGAUUGUAUUGCGACUAAAUAUUCUCUUGCUUUUUACGUUCUGCACAGCUAUUCCUUAAAAACAAAGAUUGUAUUUGCGUACUAUCAGCACGGUGAAAGAGGGGUUAGUGCGUCUGCCACACAAUACGAAAGUCCUGGGUCCGAUCUUGCGCUCGGGAUCUUUCUGUGUGGAGUUUGGAGUGAACUCUUGUUCAUUCAUUGUGGGAAUGUCAGAGAAUAAAAUAGUUAUGGUUGGAAACAACAAAUGAAGCAAUCACAUUCCUAAAUAUAAACAUCCCAAAGACACCGCAAGCUUGUAUUCUUAGUGAUCUGCCAUCAAUUUAGUCACGUGUCAUCAAAGAGUGAAACAAGCAUUUAUUUCAAUAUUCAUCAUAACAAAAGGGUGAUUAUUAAAAAAAAUGGAUAAAUGUUGGUAGUCCAACUCAUACUGACUGGUAUACACAAGCUGUGGAGAUGAUAUCAGUAGAAAAAACUGCAUUUAGUAUGGAUAAUCAUAAAUCAUGUAUUGGAAUAUUGGAUCCAUUAUUUAAAUUGGUUUUAAAUAUUAAAUGAACCAAAAAUAUUUUAUCUUCGUGGAAAAUAUUGAGAUGCGAUGCUAUUGUUCAUUUUUUAAAAUGUAUUUAUUUUUUAUAAAUAGCUGUAAUGAGAAUGUCAAUGAGGGGUUUUCUAAUCUCCGCAGUGUUGGAAUUGUUAUUAAUAUUGAUGCUGUUGUUGAUAAUAUUCCUUUUUGUUUGACUGCUUUUGGAUUGUUUUGUCUUGUUUGUGUGUUCUCUCAAUUGCUCCGUUGAUUGCUAUUCUGAAAGUUGCUGUGUCGGGUUUGGUUUUGGAAUUGGAAGUGCAUUAUUAUGGUAUUGUUUAGUAUUGUUUUGUGGGAUUGUUUCGUAAAAAGAAAGAAUGGGGAAACCUGCUGGAACAUCUGUGACAUAGUCCACAAUGAAGCCAAGUUUACAUGGACUGAGAAGGCACCGACUGUGGGAAGAGUUUACACAACUGUGCUUUUUUUUAUUUGUUCAUUGAAACUUUGUACAGUGGGGCAAAAAAGUAUUUAGUCAGCCACCGAUUGUGCAAGUUCUCCCACUUAAAACUAUGACAGAGGUCUGUAAUUUUCAUCAUAGGUACACUUCAACUGUGAGAGACAGAAUGUGAAAAAAAAAUCUAGGAAUUUUUAAUAAUUUAUUUGUAAAUUAUGGUGGAAAAUAAGUAUUUGGUCACUUCAAACAAGGAUGAUCUCUGGCUCUCACAGACCUGUAACCUCUUCUUUAAGAAGCUCUUCUGUCUUCCACUCGUUACCUGUAUUAAUGGCACUUGUUUAAACUCAUUAUUUGUAUAAAAAAAAGACACCUGUCCACAGCCUCAAACAGUCGGACGCCAAACUCCACUAUGGCCAAGACCAAAGAACUGUAGAAGGACACCAGGAAAAGAAUUGUAGACCUGCACCAGACUGGAAAGAGUGAAUCUACAAUAGGCAAGCAGCUUGGUGUGAAAAAAAUCAACUGUUGGAGCAAUUAUCGGAAAAUGGAAGACAUACAAGACCACUGAUACUCUCCCUCGAUCUGGGGCUCCACGAAAGAUCUCAUCCCGUGGGGUCAAAAUGAUCAUGAGAACGGUGAGCUAAAAUCACAGGACCACACACGGGGACCUGGUGAAUGACCUGCAGAGAGCUGGGACCAAAGUAACAAAGGUUACCAUCAGUAACACACUAUGCCGACAGGGAAUCAAAUCCUGCAGUGCCAGACGUGUCCCCCUGCUUAAGCCAGUGCAUGUCCAGGCCCGUCUGAAGUUUGCCAUUGAGCACAUGGGAGAAUGUCACGUGGUCAGAUGAAACCAAAAUAGAACUUUUUGGUAUUAACUCAACUCGUCGUGUUUGGAUGAAGAAGAAUACUGAGUUGCAUCCUAAGAACACCACACCUACUGUGAAGCAUGGGGGUGGAAACAUCAUGCUUUGGGGCUGUUUUUCUGCUAAGGGGACAGGACGAUUGAUCCGUGUUAAGGAAAGAAUGAAUGGGGCCAUGUAUCGUGAGAUUUUGAGCCGAAACCUCCUUCCAUCAGUGAGAGCUUUGAAUGGUUGACCAAAUACUUAUUUCCCACCAUAAUUUACAAAUAAAUUCUUUAAAAUUCCUACAAUGUGAAUUCCUGGAUUUUUCCCCCCACAUUCUGUCUCUCACAGUUGAAGUGUACCUAUGAUGAAAAUUACAGACCUCUGUCAUCAUUUUAAGUGGGAGAACUUGCACAAUCGGGGGCUGACUAAAUACUUUCUGGCCCCACUGUAUUUGUAUUCUUUGUAGGAUUCAAGUCGUUAUUAAACAUUUUUUUAACCCUCAGGGUACCAAAGCUGACUUUUUGGUUUUUAUAAUAAAAUGUACUAUUUUUUUGGCCAUGA